CUGCUGGGAUCCGGGAGCUGGCCCGCAGCGGCUGCCGAUGGAGCUCCGGUGUGUGAGCGCUCCCCUGUGCAAAAGGACAGGCUGAAGGUCAACGGAGAACCAGGCGCAAAGAACGUAUGGACCGAGUAUUUGUCUGAAAGUUAAAUGUUUAAACAUCAUGAAAACAGCACGGCAUCAACAAAACACCAGCUGUGCAGCAGCAAAGGCUGUCUGUGUGGGAACAUUUCAGUCACUGCGCAGCUCGGAAUAAUAUGGGACAGAGAAUAAUACUAAUGGAAGGAAUCAGCCUGAGCUAAGUCACAGAUUGAAAUUCCCAUUCUCACACAGACAGGAAUACUGUUGGGGAAUUAGAUGGACAGACCAGUUGCCGGCAUCAUGAGCAGUUGGAAGGAGAGUUUUUCCCCCAACUUGGGUUGAUCCUCGCUGUAACAGUGUGAUGUCAGAGUUCAGAAAGGAGAUUAAAAUUAUUUCAUAAUAUAUCGGCUGUGAAAAUUAAUCAGAUACAGGAGCAGAAUGAGGUCGUUUGGCCCAUCGAGUCUGCUCCACCAUUUCAUUACAGCUGAUCCAUUUCCAACUCAGCUGCACUCUCCUGCCUUCUCCCCAUAUCCCUUCCUGCCCUAACUAAUCAAGAAUCCAUCACCCUCUUCCCAAAAAUAGACCCAAUUACUUGGACUCCAGAGCAACUCAUAGCAGCAAAUCCCACAGAGUCACCACGCUCCGGUUAAAGAAAUUCCUCCUCAUCUCCAUUCUGAAAGAACAAAGCUCGAUUUUGAUGCUGCGUCCUCUGGUUUUCGACUCCCCCACUCUUGUCAACAUACUCUCCACAUCCACUCUAUCGAGACUUUUCAAUGUUCGAUAGAUUUCAAUGAGGGCCCCUUCAUUAUUCUGAACUCCAGUGAGUAGAGGCCCUGAGCCAUCAAAUGUUCUUCAUCUGACAAACCUUAUAAGUCCUGAAAUAUUUUUGUAAAUUUCCUUUGAACGCUCUGCAAUGUAAGUACAUCUGUUCUACUUAAGGGGCCUGAAUCUGCUCUCAACAGUCCAAGUGAGGCCACACUUUAUAAAUACUCAACAACACAUCCUGGCUUUUAUAUUCUCCUACUCUUCAACAUUAUUUCCUCUCUAUUGAGAAAACAGUCUGCACUCUCAUUGCCUCUAACAAAGUGGAUGACCAUACACUUCUCUGAAUGAUGAGUUUCAUUCAUUGAUGUCUUUUGUAAAUCUUUUUUACAGGUUAGAAAUGACAAAAAUUGUGUACGGGAAUUUUAAACAGAACAACAUGUCAGUUUGCUGUCUCUGCCCAGAUAUUUAAGGAGUUACUAGAUAUUUAACAAUGUACCACUGUUGAUCCUUGGAGAUGAAGAAUUUUGUCAUCACAGCUGGAAAAGUGCUUUGUGUCUGAAAUGAAGUUUUCUGUUGUAACUCACUGAAAUCCACUGGAACCGGGAAGCUGAGAACACACCAGCAUUUGUUCACUGGAGAUCAGUUCUUCAACUACAUUGAUUGUGCAAGGGGUUUACUACAUCUGAUAUUUGAUUUGUGAAUUGACAAAGAACUGUGGGAAGGGAUUCACUCUUCACUCACUCAUCUCACCUGCAUGCACAACAGCGAGUUCACACUGAUAAGAUGUCUUUCACCUGCGCUGAUUGUGGGAAGGGAUUCACUCGGUCAUCCUGCCUUCUGACACACCAGCGAGUUCACACUGGUGAGAAGCCGUUCACCUGCUCAGACUGUGGGAAGGGAUUCACUCAGUCAUCGCAACUGCGGAGACACCAGUCACUUCACACUGGGGAGAAGCCAUUCGCCUGCUCAGACUGUGGGAAGGGAUUCACUUGGUCAGCUGAACUGAAGAUACAUCAGCGAACUCACACUGGGGAGAGGCCAUUCACCUAUUCAGACUGUGGGAAAGGGUUUAUUCGGUCAUCUCAACUGAAGGUACAUCAGCGAACUCACACUGGGGAGAGACCGUUCACCUGCUCAGUCUGUGGGAAAGGAUUCACUCAGUCUUCUGUACUGAAGGAACAUCAGCGAAUUCACACCGCAGAGAGGCCAUUCACCUGCUCAGACUGUGGGAAAGGAUUCACUCAUUCAUCUGUACUGAAGGUGCAUCAGAGAAUUCACACUGGGGAGAGGCCGUUCACCUGCUCUGACUGUGGGAAGAAAUUCACUGACUCAUCCAGGCUACAGGCUCACCAGCGAGUUCAUACUGGAGAGAGGCCGUUCACCUGUUCAGACUGUGGGAAGGCAUUUACUCGGUCAUCUCAAGUGAUGGUACAUCAGCGGAUUCACACUGGGGAGAGGCCAUUUUCCUGCUCUGAAUGUGGGAAGAGAUUUAUUCAUUUAUCUGACCUGCAGGUGCACCAGCGAGUCCACACUGGAGAGAGGCCGUUCACCUGCUCAGACUGUGGGAAGGCAUUUACUCGGUCAGUUGAACUGAAGACACAUCAGCGAAUUCACACUGGGGAGAGGCUGUUCAUCUGCUCAGACUGUGGGAAAGGGUUUAUUCGGUCAUAUCAACUGAAGGUGCAUCAACGAGUCCACACUGGGGAGAGACCGUUCACCUGCUCAGACUGUGGAAGGGGAUUUAUUCAGUCAUCUCAACUGAUGAUACAUCAGCGUAUUCACACUGGGGAGAGACCGUACGCCUGUUCUGAUUGUGGAAAGAGAUUCAGUCAGUCAUCCGACUUACAGACACACCGACGAGUCCACACUGGAGAAAGGCCAUUCUCCUGCUCCCAAUGUGGGAAGAGAUUCUCUCAGUCAUCCCACCUUGUGACGCACUACCGAGUACAUCGGCGAGUUCACACUGGGGAGAGGCUGUUCACCUGCUCAGAAUGUGGAGAGGCAUUCACUCAGUCAUCUCAACUACAGGAACAUCAGCAAACUCACACUGGGGAGAAACCAUUCAGCUGCUCAGAAUGUGGGAAGGGAUUCACUCGGUCAUCUCACCUACUGAGACACCAGCUGGUUCACACUGGGGAGAAACCGUUCACCUGCUCAGACUGUGGGAAGGCAUUCACUCGGUCAUCUCAACUACAGGAACAUCAGCAAACUCACACUGGGGAGAAACCGUUCAGCUGCUCAGAAUGUGGGAAGGGAUUCACUCGGUCAACUGACCUGAAGGUACAUCAGCGAGUUCAUUCUGGGGUGAGUCCGUUCACCUGCUCUGAAUGUGGGAAAGGUUUCAUGCACUCAUCCAAACUACGGAGACACUUGCUGGUUCACACUGAGGAGAGGCCAUUCACCUGCUCUGAGUGUGGGAAGGGAUUCACUCAGUCAUCCAAACUACAGACACACUGGCUGGUUCACACUGGGGAGAAACCGUUUGCCUGCUCAGUAUGUGAGAAGGGAUUCACACGGUCAUCUCAACUGAAGGAACAUCAGCGAGUUCACACUGGGGAGAAACCGUUCACCUGCUCAGACUGUGGGAAGGAGUUCGCUCGUGCAUCUCAGCUGAGCGUCCAUCAACGAUUUCACACUGGGGAGAAACCGUUCAGCUGCUCUGAAUGUGGGAAGAGAUUCACUCUGUCAUCUGACUUGAAAGUACAUCAGCGAGUUCACACUGGGGAGAGGCCAUUCACGUGCUCGGACUGUGGGAAGCGAUUCAUUCGGUCAUCUCAACUGAACACACAUCAGUGCUUUCACACUGGGGAGAAACCGUUCAUUUGCUCAGACUGUGGGAAAAGAUUCACUCUGUCAUUUCGCCUACUGAGGCACCAGUUAGUUCACACUGGGGAGAAACCGUUCAUCUGCUCAGACUGUGGAAAGGAGUUCGCUCGAUCAUCUGGCUUGAAAAUACAUCAGCGAGUUCACACUGGGGAGAGGCCGUUCACCUGCUCAGACUGUGGAAAGGAGUUUGCUGGGUCAUCGGAUUUGAAAAUACAUCUGCGAGUUCACAUUGGGGAGAGGCCGUUCACCUGCUCUGUGUGUGGGAAGGGAUUCACUCACUCAUCCACCCUACAGAGACACCAGCUGGUUCACACUGGGGAGAGGCCAUUCACUUGUUCUGAAUGUGGGAAGGGAUUCACUCAGUCAUCCAACCUUUUGUCACACCAGCGAAUCCACACUGGGGAGAGGCCGUUCACCUGCUCAGAUUGUGGGAAGGCAUUCGCUCACUCAUCCACCCUUUUGUCACACCAGCGAAUCCACACUGGGGAGAGGCCAUUCACCUGCCCUGAAUGUGGGAAGGGAUUCACUCGGUCAUCCAAGCUACAGAGACACCAGUUAGUUCAUACUGGGGAGAAACCAUUCACUUUCUCAGAUUGUGGGAAGGGAUUCACUUAGUCAUCUGACUUGAAGCUACAUCAGCGAGUUCACACUGGGGACAGACCGUCAGACUAUAAGACUUAAGACCAGAAUGAGGCUGUUUACCCCAUCGAGUCUGUUCUGUCAUUUUAUCAUGGCUGAUCCAAAUUUGCUCUCCACUCCAAUCUCCUGUCUUGUCCCUGUAUCACUUCAUGCCCGGAUCAAUCAAGAUUCUAUCCACCUCUGCCCUAAAUGUACAUAAAGAAUUGGCCUCCACAGCUGCCUGUGGCACGGAAUUCCCCAGAUUCACCACUCUCUGUCCGUUCUCUGUCAUCUCCGUUCUAAAAGGACGCCCCUCUAUUCUGAUGCUCUGUUCCCUGGUCGCAGACUCUUCCACCACAGGAAGCAUCCUUUCCACAUCCACUCUAUCAAGCCCUUCCACAGUUUGAUAAGUUUCCAUGAGGUCAGCCCUAAUUCCUCUGCUGAUCCAGGCUCAGGCCCAUUGAACGCUCUUCAUAUGACAAUCCAUUCAAUCCUGGAAUCUGUUUUUGUGAACAUACUUUGAACCGUUUCGGCACAUCCUUUCCAAGAUCAGGGGCCCAGACCUGCCCUCCAAGUGAGGCCUCA